GGAACCCCAAAAGGCAAGUAUCUGGGGUUACUGGUGUAUUUAUCCGUGCUCAGAAGGUAGAGCGGACAGAGAGGCCUGAUCUCCCUCUCUUUCCAGGGUAAUACGUAGUGGUAGAAAAAGGUGGGUGGCUUGUCUUUAGGUGUGUGUGUUUGUGUGUGUGCGUGUCAUCCGCAGUUCCCACAGGAGACCGUGAUCGUCCGGGUCCUUGGGUCGGAUGAGUUUGUGUGGACAGGACAUCCUUGUGUUUUUCUGAGAGAAAAGGACCCCUUACCUUUCUCUCAUCCCUUUCCCCUUGUUAUUCUGUCUGGGACCCUGGGUGGAUCAUGGGAGGUGGAGAAAGUGUUCCCUUGACACCUUUACAAUGUAUGCUCAAGAAUUUUAAGGCAGGUUAUAUGACUCAGGACUAUGGCAUUGAGUGGAGUAGGCGCGAGUUGAGGCGUUUUUGUGAGGCAGAAUGGCCGACUUUUGACCUCGGCUGGCCUGACAAGGGCACUUUAGAUGUUAAUAUUGCCCUUAAGGUCCACCAAUUGGUGUUUCAUCCAACUGAGGGCCAUCCAGACCAGGCUCCUUAUAUUGAUGUCUGGUACAAUCUUCUGAGGAGACCCCCCCCUUGGCUUUUGAAAUGCAAAAAUCAACAAUGCCUUCUGAUGGUGUCCCGGAAUCUGCCUGAAAAAGAGACUAAGAGACGAUUGCCAACUCCCCCAAUCCUUGCAAGCGCCCCUGAAGAACUUCCACAUCCGCCACCAUAUAUGCCUCCUCAUAGUUUGGAUACUUUUCCAAGAAGGCGUUUGAAGUCUUCACCCUCAAGUCACCUGUCCUAUGGCAGAAGGGAAGUUACUGGAUCUGUUGUGACUGUCCGGUCCCUGACAUCUAGUGGCCAUGGAGCAGAGAGACGGAUGUUAUGUUCCCCUGUGAGUUCCUUUAAAGGAUCCCAAGACUUGACCCUAACACAUGACCCAGAUAUGCCUCCACUUGAGGGAUCAGAAGAAGGGGAAGAAAAGGGGGCUGAGGCGGCAGUGGCUUCCCCAGAGAGAGAAGAUUCUCCGGUGGCUGCACGAACUAGGUCCAGGACUGACCCGCCGUCGCCCUCUGUCUUCACGGCUCCUUUGAGACAAGUGGAUCAGUUAUUAGUGGAUAGGGACGAUCCCAAUAAGGUGGCAACUACUCCUCUCUUCCAGCAUGUUCCAUUUUCGACUUCAGAUUUGUUGAAUUGGAAAUUCCACUAUGGUCCUUAUAGUGACAAACCCAAUGAAGUGGCGGAUCUUGUCAAAACAAUCAUUGACACUCACAAUCCAUCCUGGAUGGAUUUGCAACAACUUAUGGGGACUUUGUUUAAUCCUGAGGAAAGAGAAAAGAUCCGAGUUGCUGCCACCCAGAUUUUAAAGCCGGAUGUGCCAGUUCCGUAUAAUCUCAUGGACUGGGUUGAGCGAAGGUUCCCGUCUGCCGACCCUAAGUGGGACCCGAUGACAACCGUCACAUGGCUGAAUUACAAGAAUAUCAGAGACUAUUUGUUCAGGCAGUAAGGCGGGAGGAAACCGGCUACAAAUAUGUCAAAACCUUCCUUGGUUAUACAGGAGCCCAAUGAGAGUCCUGAAGCCUUUUACUCUCGUUUGAUUGAUUCUUACCGUAUGUAUACCCCCAUUGAUCCAAUUCUGCCAGAAAAUGCCAGAAUGUUAGCAAUGGCCUUUAUUUCACAAAGCGCCCCAGAUAUUAGGAAAAAACUCCAGAAACUCGAAGGGGCAUUGGGCAAGCCACUGAGUGAAUUGAUGGAGGUCGCUAGAAAGGUUUUUGUUAAUCGGGAAGUUCGUGAAGAACAAAAGAAGGACCAGAGGAUGCAAAAGAAGGCUGAAUUGUUGGCGGCUGCCAUGAUGAGUGGACCCAGAGAUGGCAGAGGUCUCCGGGGCCGAGGGACGGGAAGGACUUUGGGGCCUAAUCAAUGUGGCAUAUGUAAACAGGAAGGCCAUUGGAAAGGUGAAUGUCCCAAUAAGGAAGAUUUUGCCCGUCCUACUAGUCGCCCCUGGAGUCCGCCUACUGGAUUGCGAGGUGUUCGAAGAGGUCCUCAAAGGGGUCGAGGUCGCCGUGGCCUAUUCCCGAGAUCUCCCCUCCUCGGGGGCCACACCAUUAGUCAUCAAUUUGUUUAUAUGCCAGACUGCCCUAUGCCUCUUUUGGGUCGUGACUUGCUUUGUAAAUUGCGGGCGCAAAUCUCCUUUUCAGAAGAUGGCUCAAUGCAUUUGAAGUAUGGCAAAGUUAAUCUGGAUAUUCCCCGGGAGGAAGUGUGGAGAUUGAUGGUGGCCGUGGACGCCCCGCAGGGUGGGAAGUGGAUGGACUUUGCUGUUCCCCACCUGUGGGCGGAAGAUAAUCCUCCAGGUUUUGCUGGCCACCAUCCUCCUAUUGUGAUUGAGGAAAUUCCCCGAAGGAAUCCAGUCCGAAUUCGUCAAAGAGCCUAUCCCAGACACAUUGUCGCGUCCAUUCAGAAAGUUAUUGAGACUUACCUUACUUACGGCAUUCUGAUACCAAUAGACUCGCCAUGGAACACUCCCAUUUUACCAAUCCCAAAAGGAGAUGGCCACUUUAGGAUGGCGCAGGAUUUGAGGCGCGUGAAUGACGCAACUGUUACCAUCCACGCGACCGUGCCCAACCCAUAUGUUCUUUUGGGACUAAUACCCCCUACUGCUUCUUGGUUUUCGGUCAUCGAUUUAAAAGACGCUUUCUUCACAAUACCUAUUCACCACCACUCUCAGCACUUGUUUGCCUUUGAAUGGGAAAGCCCUAUAACCGGACGGAAACAACAAUAUACCUGGACUCGUUUACCACAGGGGUUUAAGAAUUCUCCCACACUGUUUGGGGCUGCACUUGCUCGGGAUUUGGAGGCUUUGGAGAUCCCUCCUCCUGAUGUUGUCUUACAAUAUGUUGAUGAUCUCCUUGUGACUGGGACUUCUGAAGACGUUUGCUGGGAGAACACUUCCCUUUUACUACAUCUUUUACAGGACUUGGGUUACAAGGCCUCCAAGAAGAAGGCCCAGUUGGUUUUACCCAAGGUCCGGUAUUUGGGUUAUGAUAUUCAGCAGGGCAGCCGCACCUUGGCCCAUGAGCGAAAGGAAGCUAUUUGUCAAUUGCCAGUUCCUAAGAAUCACAAGGAGCUGCGGGGUUUUUUGGGGGCAGCCGGUUUCUGUCGAAUCUGGAUUCCCAAUUUCGCCAUUCUGGCCAAACCAUUAUAUGAAGCCACCAAAGGGGCGGAUAAGGAACCAUUGAAGUGGGAGAAAGGGGAACAACAAAGUUUCACCAAUUUGAAGCUCGCUUUAACUCAAGCACCUACUCUCGCUUUGCCUGACUUGGAGAAACCUUUUCAACUUUUUGUCGACACGAAACAAAACAUGGCAGUUGGUGUGCUCACGCAGAGGAUGGGGACAUGGUUUCGCCCCGUCGCGUACCUGUCUAAGCAGUUGGACAAUGUUGCGAAAGGAUGGCCCACCUGUUUGAAGGCAGUUGCGGGGGCAGCCCUUCUCACGCACGAGGCCAAUAAGUUGACCUUUGGCCAUGACUUGGAAAUUCAUACUCCACAUACUUUACGUGCUGUGUUGGACAAUAAGGGACACCUUUGGCUUACUAACCCCCGAAUGUUAAAAUAUCAAGCUAUGCUUACUCAUAACCCUUCAAUUCGCCUGGCGUCCCAUGAUUGCCUGCAGACGAUUGAGGAGACUUUCUCGAGUCGCCCGGACUUGAAAGAUGUGCCCCUUGUUAAUCCGGACUACACGCUUUACACUGAUGGUUCAAGUUUUCUUCAUGAUGGUGUUCGGAAGGCUGGAUAUGCCGUCGUGACACUGGAGGAUGUUUGGGAGGCUCAACCACUGCCCCCUGGCACUAGUGCCCAAUUGGCUGAACUACACGCCUUAACGAGGGCCCUUGAAAUGUCCUAUGAUUUGCGGGUCAACAUCUAUACGGACUCUAAGUAUGCUUUUCUAACUGUCCAAGUUCAUGGGGCCCUUUAUAAAGAGCGGGGAAUGUUAACAGCAGGUGGCAAGGAUAUAAAAUAUGGAUCUCACAUUCUGCGGCUCCUAGACAGUGUAUGGGCUCCCCGAGAAGUUGCAAUAAUGCAUUGUAGAGGUCAUCAGAAAGGGGUUUCUGAUAUUGAUCGUGGUAAUAAUAAGGCUGAUCGCACUGCCCGCUCUGUUGCUCUUGCAUUUUUGCUAUCUCAGACUCUUUGUCCCUUGUGGACGCCUCCGUCCACGACAUCCCCGUCGUAUACUCCAGUGGAAGUGACUCAGGCUAAAUCGUUAGAGGCCUCCUUGGUUGACGGUUGGUUUAUCCUGCCGGAUGAUCGUGUUUUUGUUCCCCAACAGUUGGCGUGGGACGUUGCUUCUUCCUUGCAUCAACAACUACAUUUGGGGAAGUCUGCCUUAGCACAAGCCUUGCUCCGAGAGGUGUAUAUUGAUAAGGUCCACAGUUUGGCAACUAAUGUGGUUCUUCGGUGUUCUACUUGUGCUGCCAACAAUCCUCGGCAGGGACCCUCUUUGCCCCAGGGCCACCAACCUAAGGGCUGUUAUCCCUUUGAGUCCCUCAUGAUCGAUUUUACAGACAUGCCACGAUCAGGGCCUUAUACUGCUAUGUUAGUUAUUGUUUGUACCUAUACCGGCUGGCCUGAGGCUAUUCCCACUAGAACGAAAAAGGCGGCUGAGGUUACGAAGGCCUUACUUCAAGUUGUAAUUCCACGUUAUGGCCUUCCAACACGCAUCUCAUCUGAUAAUGGCCCUGAAUUUAUUCACCAGGCAACUCAGAAGAUUUCGUAUGUUAGGUAUCAACUGGAGAUUGCACUGUAG